AUGUCUAAUCCCAACUCCUCCGACACCAACACAGACGAUGAUGCAGUGGAUCUGCUGAGCCCUUUGAUGGGAAUCUCAGCGAUAGACUGGAACUUGCAGGAUAAAGUCAUCAAAGCACGGCGACUUCCCAGUGGCAGAGCCGAUGCAGGCGAUGCUUGCCGGCUUUGGCUGCAGUCCAAGCCAGACUUGAGGAUCCCAUGCUGGUAUGAAGCAUGCAGCCUUGUUGAGGAAGAUCUCAGCAGUGGGGACCUCACAGCAUCUCUAGCGGCCUUGCACCACUGGAGGCGUGACCUUGUGCUUGCCGCUGCCUGCAGAGCUUUCAGAACUCCUGAGAAUCGUUCCCAGUAUAUAAAGUGGAUACCUUCUAAAGCGGAGGAGCUGCGGUCAUUGUGGAAGCUCACCGAGAAGAUCCAAUUUCCUAGGGAAACCAGACAGACUGUUGCAGAGAGAGUUUAUAAGUCCGUGGUCAUCCCAGCUGUGGUGAAGCAUGGUGACGACUUGCGACAGCGAUGGCAAUGGGAGCGUCACUUGAUGACCCAACUCGCUGUACAAUGCAAACAAGCGACGGCAUUGAUACGGAAAGCGCAAGAGGAAUGGGAGCGGAAGCAGGAGGCAAAACGAAUGAAACUCCUACGCGAGAACAACUAUGCAGAAUACGUUAAGAUGAUCAAAGAGUCCAAAAACAAGAAACUUGUGGAGCUACUAGAGCAGACGGACAGCUUCCUUAGUGAGCUUGGUGACAAGGUUCGGGACGACCAGGAGAAGGAAGGGUGUCGAGUAACAGGCGUGGUUGAUUACCAUGAUGCUCUCCAUCAACUCCGUGAGGAUACAGUGGUACAGCCUGCUAAUUUAUCUAACGGUUGCAAUCUACUGCCACAUCAACUACAGGGUCUGCGUUGGCUCAGAAGUCUCAAGCUCAAUAAGCUUAACGGCAUUCUUGCAGACGAAAUGGGACUCGGCAAGACCAUACAAGUGAUAGCCCUCAUAGCGUCCUUGAUGAGAGACGACCCGACCAAGGAGGACCUCAGCGACUUGAAUCGUUACUUGAUCGUGGUGCCUCUGUCCACGCUGCCCAAUUGGAUAGCCGAGUUCAAGAAAUGGUUGCCAUCAGCGAGAGUCGUCGUCCUGCGAGGAGACCUCACGACUCGAAGGCAAAUAGCGAGAGUGUUGCACAGCCGGGGAGUAGCUCCUGAUGUGAAUUAUGAUGUCUGUCUGACCACACCAGAGAUCCUCAUCAGAGAGACUAAGACCUUGAGCAAAGUCCACUGGACGUACGUAAUCAUAGAUGAGGGCCACAAGAUAAAGAAUCACCUCAGUAGAUUCCAUAUGGCCGUAUCGUCCGUACCAGCUCGGCAUAGACUCCUUCUUACUGGUACACCUCUACAGAACUCCCUCACUGAACUCUGGGCACUUCUCAAAUUCCUACUUCCCAAAGUCUUCACUGAUGCGGACAAAUUUGCUGAGUGGUUCAGCAAGCCUUUUGAAGGUCAUGCUGCAAGUGCAUUGACGCAAGAGGAGCAACUCUUAGUGCUCCACAAACUGCAUACAAUGCUACAACCGUUCUUACUAAGAAGGACCAAGUCCCAGGCCACCCUCCCUAAGAAGAUAGAACAUCUCGUUUGGGUACCUCUCUCGGCCUGGCAGGACAGGGGUAUGCAUCAAAUUAUGCAAAGAGCUCUGUGCGGUGGACAUGGGGAGCAGAAAGUCGCUCUUAGGAAUGUACUCAUGCAACUCCGCAAGAUGGCCCAACACCCAUACCUCUUUCUUGACGAAUACGACAUCAACGACGACCUUGUGCGUGUCAGUGGGAAGUUUGAACUCCUCGACCGUCUAGUGCCUAAGCUGCUGCAUUUCAACCAUAAAGUCCUCAUUUUCUCACAAAUGACCUGCCUACUCGACAUCCUUGAACAGUUCUUAGAGAACAAAGGCCUGCAGUGGUUCAGGCUGGAUGGGUCAACCUCUUUGGAGGACCGUCAGUCGGCAAUGCACCGAUUCAACGACCCGCUCAAUCAUGACACCAACAUAUUCCUUCUCUCAACUCGAGCUGGUGGCCUCGGCUUGAACUUGCAGGCCGCCAAUACGGUCAUUCUCUACGACUCCGACUGGAACCCUCAGAUGGACCUUCAAGCCAUGGACAGGGCUCACCGAGUGGGCCAGAAGUCCGACGUCAUUGUCCUGCGAUUGACGGGAAUGUGCCCAAUAGAGCGUCUCAUAUUACAGAAAGCCACCACUAAGCGCAACAUUGAUAAGAAAGUCAUACAAGGAGGACACUACAUUGGAGAAGCCAAUACCGACUUGAGUGACGACAGCUGUGUGCGACUCAAAUCACUGCUUGAGCUCGCUGAAUUCGAAGAACAGUUGAGCUGUGCUACCUCCCCAACUGAUCUCAACAACAUGCUGGCUCGUACGCCCGAGGAGCUGGCAUGGUUUGAGGCAUUCGACGCCAGGCUUGAGGCACAUGAUACACGGCUGAUGCAGCUCCAUGAGAUCCCUGAGUGGCUCAAAGACGAUCCCCUUGCCCAUGACGAUGCUGAGACUGUCCUCCUGGAUCGUGCAACCAGGCGGGAAAACUGUGCUGUCCGCAACUAUGCAGAUGAUGGGCUCUCAGAAGCUUCGUGGACUAGCGAGUGA